AUGUCUCCUAAUGCCAGAAUUUCAGCUAUAAAGAAAAGAGGAUUGUGCAUGAACUGUUUAUCAGCAAAUCAUUCAGAACGCAUUUGUAAAUCUUCAAAUUGUCGUACUUGUAAUAAAAGACAUAAUUCUCUUCUCCAUUUAGAGGAUUUAUCUUUAGAUUUGGAAGACAAUAGAGAUAUAACCCAUCAAUCAACUUCUUCGAAUAAUGAGACAGCAAUUACAAUGCAUUCCAUUAAAACUAAUGACCUUAUUCUAUUGUCAACCGCAUUAGUGUUUGUACCCGAUAAGCACGGCUAUUUACAUAAAUUCCGGGCCCUACUGGACAAUGGCUCACAGAGUAAUUUUGUAACAAAGAAGGUAUGCGAUCAAUUAGGCUUAGAAAAACAAAAGGUAAAUUUUGCAAUUAGUGGAGUAGGUCAAUCAUUACAAUCAAUAUCAAAUCAAGUUACUAUUUCUAUUACAUCGAUAAAUAAACAAUACCAUACUCAAGUGAAAUGUUUAGUCAUCAAUAAAAUUACGGAAAAACUGCCGAAACAAUCAUUUAAUAAAAGACACCUUAAUAUACCUAGUGAUGUUACACUAGCCGAUGAAAAAUUUAAUGAAACUGGUCCAAUAGACAUUUUAUUAGGUGCCGCUAUAUUUUGGGAAAUCAUUAACAAAAAUACCAUAAAGUUAGGUCGCGAUAACCCUGUCUUACAAGAUACGAAAUUAGGAUGGAUCGUGGGAGGUAACAUCACCAAUGAUUCUAAAGCAAUUAAAAACAAUUUAACGCAAGAGAUAACUAUUUGUACAAAUAUAGAACACAAUUUAGACGAUUUAAUAAGCAAGUUUUGGAAUCUUGAAGAAUGCAGUAGUGUUAAAAACCAUUUGUCAAUUUCGGAAAAGCAUUGCGAGCAACAUUUUUCUAAAACACAUAGGCGGAACGAUAAGUCCGGAAAGUUUGUUGUAAAUAUUCCAUUCAAUGAUAAUUUAGAGUUGUUAGGUGAUUCUAGACAAAUUGCUUUAAGUAGGUUCCGAGCAAUGGAAAGGAAACUUGAGUUGAAUCAAGAAUUGAAAAUUCAAUAUCAUCAAUUUAUGCAAGAUUAUCUCAAUUUAGGUCAUAUGUCUGAAUUCGACGAUACUGUAGUAGAGAAGCAAGGGUAUUACUUACCGCAUCAUCCGAUUAUAAAAAACAAUAGUAUCACCACUAAACUUAGAGUUGUUUUUGAUGCUUCUGCAAAAACAACCUCUGGCUAUUCUUUAAACGAUGUCCAAUACACCGGUCCAAACUUACAGAAUGAUCUUAUGGCAAUUCUACUUCGAUUUCGACAAUAUACAUAUGUAAUCACGGCGGACAUUUCGAAAAUGUACCGUAAUAUUUUAGUAAAUCAUGAUCAUAGACGUUUUCAAAAAAUAUUUUGGCGUUUUAAUACGAAUGAAGCAAUAAAAUGCUAUAAAUUAAAUACUGUUACAUACGGAACAUCGUCGGCUCCGUUUCUAGCAAUGCGAUCGUUACGUCAAGUAGCUACGGAAAUUAAAUCAAGUUUUCCCCAAAUUAGUGAUAUUAUCUCCAAUGAUUUCUAUAUGGAUGAUUUAUUAACCGGUAGCGACAAUCUUAAUGAAUUAAUUUCCAUUCAAAACGAUACUUACGAUAUAUUGGCCAGGUACGGUUUUGAACUUCGACAAUGGCUGUCAAAUAAUCCAAAUUCCUAUGAUCAAUUUCGCACAAAUCAUAAGUUAGAAGCAAACAUACUGCAAUUAGGUGAAAACGAGUGUAAUAAAACCCUAGGAAUGCUAUGGAACGCAUGUAAUGAUUCAAUUCAAUUUUCGAUCAACGACAAUUUAAAUAAUCAAAUUUCUAAAAGAACCAUAUUAUCGACUACAUGUCAAAUAUUUGACCCUUUAGGAUUGCUAGGUCCCAUCAUAAUCAUAAGCAAAAUUAUUAUACAAAAACUAUGGCAAUUAAAGCUAGAAUGGGAUCAACCUAUUCCGAAUUCGAUUUCAACAGAUUGGGUUAAAUUCAGAUCCGAGUUGUCAGUCCUUAAUACUUUAAAUAUUGCCAGACACGUAGUAAUUCCCGAUGCAUUAUCUAUAGAAAUGCACGGAUUUGCGGAUGCAUCUGAAAAGGCAUACGGUUUAUUUAUGUAA